CCUGAAGGCAUCAGUUAGUUGUUGUCUGCUGUACAUGAAUGUCUCGAGUAUCUUUGUUGAAUAGUUCACUGUCGAGUCGACAUCACUUUUGUUAAGUACACUUACUAAUAACACGUUUGCUAUGACGUUGUUCAGACGUUAGAGCUGCUAACUGUAUUUCACAGGAGCUCACUAGCUCGUUAUUAAGCGCUAAAGCCGAAGCUAGCAGCUAGCUGUGGCUGCUAAAUAACAGCUGAGGCAAAACAGGGAAGGCAGGCAGAGGAGACCAUCAUCUAAAACUGAAGUAGUUUGGUUAAAGUUUGUAUUUUUGUCCUUCUGUAAGGCUUCCCUGACCAGAGGGUCUAUGAUAGGCAUGACCACUCGAAUAGAGUGCAUAUUUUUCAGUGAGUUUCACCCUACUUUGGGCCCAAAGAUAACAUAUCAGGUCCCAGAGGAAUACAUUUCACGGGAGCUCUUUGACACAGUUCAGGUUUAUAUUAUCACCAAGCCAGAACUGCAAAACAAAUUGAUAACAGUCACUGCCAUGGGAAAGAAGUUAAUCGGGUGUCCUGUAUGCAUUGAACAUAAAAAGUAUAGCCGGAACGCCCUCCUGUUUAACCUUGGCCUUGUUUGCGAUGCCCAAACCAACACAUGUGCCCUCGAGCCAAUUGUCAAGAAGCUGUCUGGGUACCUCACUACUCUGGAGCUGGAGAGUGGCUUCAUUUCCAACGAGGACAGCAAGCAGAAACUUUUACCCAUCAUGUCGACCUUGUUGGAAGAACUCAAUGCUACAGGAGCCUGUACUUUACCAAUAGAUGCAUCUAACACUAUACAUCUAAAGCUAAUCGAGCUGCGAAAGGACCCCCCGAUUGUGCAGGAGUAUGACGUUCCUGUCUUCACACAGUGUAAAGACCAUUUUAUCAAAUCUCAGUGGGAUCUCACCACUCAGCAGAUCCUGCCCUAUAUUGAUGGAUUUAGACACAUCCAAAAGAUUUCAGCUGAAGCGGAUGUGGAGCUGAAUCUUGUUCGUAUUGCUGUGCAGAAUCUAUUGUAUUAUGAUGUUGUGACCUUGGUUUCGAUUUAUCAGUACUCAAACGUGUACUGCACCACCCCCAAAGUCCAGAGCCUCAUAGAUGACAAGUCCAUUCAGGAGGAGUGUCUCAACUACGUCUCCAAGCAGGGUCAAAAGCGGGCCAGUCUGAGAGACGUGUUCCAGCUGUACUGUGGUCUGAGUCCAGGAACCACAGUGCGAGACCUUUGCUCACGCUACUCACAGCAGCUUCAGAGGGUUGAUGAGAGGAGGCUGAUCCAGUUUGGACUGAUGAAGUCUCUCAUUAGACGGCUGCAGAAAUAUCCAGUGAAGGUGAUCCGUGAUGAGAGGAGCAGGCCGCCUCGACUCUAUACCGGUUGUCAUAGUUAUGAUGAGAUCUGCUGCAAAACAGGGAUCAGUUACCAGGAGCUGGACGAACGUUUGGAAAAUGAUCCCAACAUCGUGGUGUGCUGGAAGUGAUGUGAACUGAAAAAAAACAGCUCUGUGCUGAAGACAGCCAUCUGACUGAAAGAUACCUCAACCAAAGAUGCCUUCAUCGAGAGGAACAGUUUUCUUGGAAUAAGCAAGCAAAUGGAUAACAUACAUUUUUCGAUGUUAUCUUAAUGUUUUUGAUUCUAAUCUGCUUUUGAUCAAGUAUUGGGAUCAACAUCUCAGUCAAGUGAGGAAGGUGAUAUUUAUUAAUGUUGUAGAAGGGAAAAUAUGUGAUUAAUAAAAGAAAUUAUAAGACAGUGGGGCAAACUGUCCAAACGGUUUAGGCACUCUAGUUUAGAUUCUUAAACAUUGCACCGUAACAUCAGGGAGGCGUCCUAUCAGUCCCACAUUCAUUCUGCAGCACGACAACGAGCACAGACAUACAGCCAGGGUGAUAGAGAACUGUCUUCAGAGACAAGAAGAACAGGGAGUCCUGCAACAGAUGGUCUAGCCUCCACAGAGUCCUGAUUCCAACACCAUAGACUCAGUCUGGGAUUAUAUGAAGAGUCAGAAGACAUUGAGACAGCCCAAAUCCACAGAGGAACUGAGGCAAGUUCUCCAAGAUGCUUGGAACAACCUACCUGCAAAGUCUCUUGAGAAACUGCAUGCAAUUGUACCAUGGAGAAAUAGUGCUGUUGUACAAGCAAAGGGUGGUCACACAACAUUAUUAGGGCUUGAGCACCGUCCAGUGCUAUUCAUGGCAUUAAUUUUGAAAACAUCCUCACUUUAUGUUUAGUGCAUAAAGCUUUUGCACAGUACAGUAUAUCACAAAAGAAAAAUGCAAUAAAUGUCUAUUCAUAUGGUUUAUGACACA